AUGGCGGAACCAUCAGCGCCAGUCGCAGGACCAAGCAACACUUCCAACUCGAUCACACGAACCGAUGCCAACCUCUUGAACCAAUUUGUCAUAGAAUAUCUACAGUCGCAUGGGUUUGACAAGGCAUUAGCACUGUUCGAGCAGGGAAUAGCAGAACAGGGUGGAAAUAAGAAUAAAGAUAAUAACAGCAAAGACAAUGAGGAGAAGGGUGGAAAAGAAGCUGUAUUCAGAGCACCAGGUCCGGUACCAUUAGAAUCUAAUGUCAAGCGAAAUAUACCUCAGGCUCAAGCUGUAUCAGCAUCGACUUUAUCCUCACAUAUCACACCUGAAUUUGAAGCUCAGGCGAAAUACAUAAUAGAACAGUUACAAGCAAAGGUGCAAGCGACUAAUGCCAAUGCGGAUCAGGAUGGUGCGGAUGAUCAGAAUAAGGAGUUGAAAGAUCAAGCUGCAAAUCAGGAUACACUGUUAGAUCCUUCAGAUAGGGUGGAAGGGUAUAAAAGCUAUAGAAGAUGGGUGGAUGGUGGUCUGGAUUUAUGGAAGCCCGAAUUGGAUAAUUUAUCUUUCCCACUAUUCGUCCAUACAUUCCUGGAACUUGUAAACUUCGGCUUUCUCAAAACAGCUCGGGACUUCUUUGAACGACAUUCCGCGCAUCAUCGACCAUUCCAUCCUCAGGACAUAUCAACGUUAUCGUCCAUAUCGACCAAGGAACAUGUCAAAGCGAAUCCUCUCUGCCAGAGAAUGAUAACGGACAAAUAUGUGAUACCUCUAUCUCGAAAUGCGAAUGAUCUGCUUAUACAAUGGUUAAGUGGAGCUGGAUUAGAUGAAGAAUGGGAAGCUGGAUUGCAUUCUGCUGCUGGAAGAGCGAAAGAAGCUAUCAAAGGGAUCGUGUUUUCUCGUAUCAGUAUAACGGUAACAAGUAAUUCAGUACCACUCGAUAAGAUUACGAUAGCUACAAGAAGUGGUCUUAUAGCUUCUGCUUUACCAUCCUCAAUGCCAAUAGACGCUUUCAAUACCGCUACCAACCUGAAACUUGGUCCACCACCUAUGACUGAAAAGCUGAAAGAGCAAGUAGCGAGAACUUUGCAGGAUGAAGAACCCUCUCAGCAGCAACCCAAUGGAGGGGCGUCACCUGUCAAUCAGCCGUCAUCUUCUUUACCCAAUGGACAUCCUAAUGGAACUACAAAUGGAGUGGAUGCAAAUGGUGAUGUGGAUAUGACUUCGCCUGCGGGUCCAUUAGCCGAUACACAGGAGAAUCGAGAGAAUACAGACACACCUGCACCUGUGACGGUGAAUGUACAAGAGCUCAAAAUUGAAUCUGAGCUGGAAAAGGAUAAGGAUUCGAGCUUGAUUAGUCCAGAGGAAAACGAAACUUUACCUCCCAUACCGGCUGUCUUCAGAAUACCAGAUCUGAAAAGAGAAGUUGAAGCUAUAAGAGAUAAAAGGAAGAUGAUACGUUUAGGUCCACAGCAGAAUGGCGAUGUCAAACCUGGAAGUAGCUCGAACACUGUCUUGCCGAGUGUAGUAGCUUUUACCUUAUUCGAUCACGGUGAAAGUGCUUCCUCGGUUGAAUUCUCAAAGGAUUCCUCCUUGAUGGCUGUUGGAUCUUCCGAGAGCUGUAUAAGGCUGUGGAGCUUGAAAGGAGAGAAGCUAAAGAAGAAAUCUAUAGAUCCAUCAGACGGAUCAUUGAUAGAAGAUGAAGGCCAACCCUUCCGCAAACUCAUAGGUCACUCCGGUCCUGUAUAUUCCUUAUCCUUUGAUCCAUUAUAUGGUUCAGCCUCACCACCUUCCACUUUGCUCUCUUCCUCUCAAGAUGGUACAGUCCGUCUAUGGUCGAUGGACACGUACUCAAACGUGGUGGUUUACAGGGGACAUGGCAAAGAUCCAGUAUGGGAUGUAGAAUGGGGUCCUAUGGGCGUAUACUUCGCCACUGCUUCUCGGGAUAGGACAGCAAGAUUGUGGAGUUCAGAUAGAGUGACUCCUCUAAGGAUGUACACAGGUCAUUUAUCGGAUGUUAAUUGCGUCCGAUUCCAUCCUAACUCGCUGUACCUAGCUACGGGAUCCAAUGAUAGUUCAUGUAGAUUAUGGGAUGUCCAGCGCGGUGCAUGUGUUAGAUUGUUUAUGGGUCAUACGGACGCAGUCACCACUAUGGCUAUAAGUCCCGAUGGCAAAUUACUAGCUAGUGGAGGUUUAGAUUCAUCAAUAUGGUUAUGGGAUUUGGGAUCUUCUCGACCGAUCAAGAGGAUGUACGGUCACAAAUCUACCAUACAAUCACUUUCCUUCUCUGCCGAUUCAGCAGUGCUAGUCUCCGGCGGGUUAGAUUCGACAGUUAGAUGUUGGGAUGUGAAAUCACCAGGAGGAGAGAAGGCGCUGUUGAAUGAACCUACCCUUCGAAAUGGGGGUGGAACGGGUGCAGAUGAUUUACAAGGUAGUUUACCGAUGGGUCCUGGUAGAGGUAAUUGGGAAGAUGAACCUCAUACAACCGACUUGUUAGCCACUUGGCCAACUAAACGAACUCCUAUAUUGCAAACGCACUAUACACCUAGGAAUUUGUGUAUGGUAGCUGGAUCGUUCGUCCCUCCAAGUAACUCUUCCAAAGGUGUUCAGUAG